UUGCGGCACAUGGCUCUCGUGCGCUAACGAUCCCACAACCAGAUCCCUUGCUGGUUGCUCGGACACCACCACAAACCUCAGUGUCCUUCCUUAGUUUUCUGGGCUACCUUCCCUCGUAAUCAACAACAGCGCAUACCCUUCUCACUUCCUCAGUCCGCCUUCGGCCCUCUUUGCCCAGUCUGUUUCUGACCACAGACAGACUUCUAGUGCUGCCGCUAUUCUCUGAAGAUGUCUGAAUCAAGCGAUAAGGCAUCUACAGUUACCACGGAGGUUGUCCCUGACACGAAGGCGGAGUCGACUGCUAACGAUGCGACUGCCGUUGCAUCAGAGAAGUCUGCAACCCCUGGCGGUCCACCCAACGCCUUCGACUUUUCAAGCCUCGCUGGAGUGCUCAAUGACCCAUCUAUCAAGGAGAUGGCAGAGCAGAUUGCCAAGGAUCCAUCCUUCUCGCAGAUGACACAAGAGCUCCAAGGUAGCGUGAAAGUUGGAACUGACGGCGCGCCCCAGCUCGACCCGCAGCAGUACAUGAAGGCGAUGCAGCAAGUGAUGUCGAAUCCAAGCUUCAUGACCAUUGCCGAGAAGUUCGGCAACGCGCUGAUGCAGGAUCCUCAAAUGAUGACCAUGAUGCAGACCCUUCAGAACCCCUCGUAUCGUGAUCAGAUGCAGCAGCGGGUAGCUGCCAUCAAGGAGGAUCCCUCUCUGAAAUCGGUCCUUGAAGAGCUAGAAACCGGAGGUCCUGCAGCAAUGAUGAAGUACUGGAACGAUCCUGAGGUUUUGGGCAAGCUCGGGAAGGCUAUGGGCGGUUCAUUCCCUAUGCCUCCCCACAUGGCUGGCGCAGCUGGUGCGUCUGGCGAGGACGAUGCUGCAGAGGAAGGAGCAGAGGGGGAGGAGGAGUCCCCCUCACUUCACUCCGCGGCCAGCAAUGGUGACGCAGAGGAGGUCAAGCGGCUGAUUGCUGAUGGGGCAGACAAAAACGAGAAGGAUGGUGAGGGGAGGACAGCCCUCCAUUUUGCAUGUGGAUAUGGCGAGGUCAAGUGUGCAGAGGUGCUUCUUGAUGCUGGCGCUGAUGUUGACUCCCUGGACAAGAACAAGAAUACACCUCUGCACUAUUCUGCUGGAUAUGGGCGUAAGGAGGUUGUGGAGCUGCUGGUGAAGAGUGGUGCUGCAGUCACACUGAGGAACCUUGAUGGCAAGACAGCAGCAGAUGUGGCCAAGUUGAACAGUCAGAAGGAGGUGGUGGCUCUUUUGGAGAAGGAUGCCUUCUUGUGAGCUGUUGUCGCCUUCUUGACCUUUGGAAGCACUUGCGUGAUAUGUUAGCUUUGGCCAGUAAUAGUUGCAACUCCCACAAGCUGUGUAGCCUAUCAAAUUGAGCACCAUUGUGGUUCUUGAUGGAAGAAUGAAUCAUACAGUGCAGUGUAAAAGCGAACUUGAGUAACUGCGCUUUCAUUUUGAGCGCAAUUACUGGUA